CCACUAUUCGUGAUGAUCAAACAACUCGAGUAGCUGACUCCGAUACAACCACGUCUUAUCCUGACGAGCGAACAACUCAACACGAUACAGAAACCACACGAUCGUACACCACAACCGAUACUACAGUUCGGCCCACUAUUCGUGAUGAUCAAACAACUCGAGUAGCUGACUCCGAUACAACCACGUCUUAUCCUGACGAGCAAACAACUCAACACGAUACAGAAACCACACGAUCGUACACCACAACCGAUACUACAGUUCGGCCCAUUAUUCAUGAUGAUCAAACAACUCGAGUAGCUGACUCCGAUGCAACCAUGUCUUAUUCUGACGAGCGAACAACUCAACACGAUACAGAAACCACACGAUCGUACACCACAACCGAUACUACAGUUCGGCCCACUAUUCAUGAUGAUCAAACAACUCGAGUAUUUGACUCUGAUACAACCACGUCUUAUCCUGCCGAUCGAACAACUCAACACGAUACAGAAACCACACGAUCGUAUACCACAAUCGAUACUACAGCUCGGUCCACUAUUCGUGAUGAUCAAACAACUCGAGUAGCUGACUCCGAUACAACCACAUUUUAUCCUGACGAGCAAACAACUCAACACGAUACAGAAACCACACGAUCGUACACCACAACCGAUACUACAGUUAGGCCCACUAUUCGGGAUGAUCAAACAACUCGAGUAGCUGACUCCGAUACAACCACGUCUUAUCCCGACGAGCGAACAACUCAACACGAUACAGAAACCACACUAUCGUACACCACAACCGAUACUCCAGUUCGGCCCACUAUUCGUGAUGAUCAAACAACUCGAGUAGCUGACUCCGAUACAACCACGUCUUAUCCUGACGAGCGAACAACUCAACACGAUACAGAAACCACACGAUCGUACACCACAACCGAUACUACAGGUCGGCCCGCAAUUCGUGAUGAUCAAACAACUCGAGUAGCUGACUCCGAUACAACCACAUUUUAUCCUAACGAGCAAACAACUCAACACGAUACAGAAACCACACGAUCGUACACCACAACCGAUACUACAGUUCGGCCCACUAUUCAUGAUGAUCAAACAACUCGAGCAGCUGACUUCGAUACAACCACGUCUUAUCCUGACGAGCGAACAACUCAACACGAUACAGAAACCACACGAUCGUACACCACAAUCGAUACUACAGCUCGGUCCACUAUUCGUGAUGAUCAAACAACUCGAGCAGCUGACUCUGAUACAACCACGUCUUAUCCUGACGAGCGAACAACUCAACACGAUACAGAAACCAUACGAUCGUACACCACAACCGAUACUACAAGUCGGCCCACUAUUCGUGAUGAUCAAACAACUCGAGCAGUUGACUUCGAUACAACCACGUCUUAUCCUGACGAGCGAACAACUCAACACGAUACAGAAACCACACGAUCGUACACCACAAUCGAUACUACAGCUCGGCCCACUAUUCGUGAUGAUCAAACAACCCGAGUAGUUCACUCUGAUACAACCACGUCUUAUCCUGACGAGCGAACAACUCAACACGAUACAGAAACCACACGAUCGUACACCACAACCGAUACUCCAGUUCGGCCCACUAUUCGUGAUGAUCAAACAACUCGAGUAGCUGACUCCGAUACAACCACGUCUUAUCCUGACGAGCGAACAACUCAACACGAUACAGAAACCACACGAUCGUACACCACAACCGAUACUACAGUUCGGCCCACUAUUCGUGAUGAUCAAACAACUCGAGUAGCUGACUCCGAUACAACCACGUCUUAUCCUGACGAGCGAACAACUCAACACGAUACAGAAACCACACGAUCGUACACCACAACCGAUACUCCAGUUCGGCCCACUAUUUGUGAUGAUCAAACAACUCGAGUAGAUGACUCCGAUACAACCACGUCUUAUCCUGACGAGCGAACAACUCAACACGAUACAGAAACCACACGAUCGUAUACCACAACC